AUGGACAAAUUCAAGGCAGGUAUGGUUCUAGGUGGUGCCGGCGAUGCCUUGGGCUUCAGAAAAGGCCACUGGGAAAGUUGCCCAUCAGGUAGAAAGAUCCAAGAAGAACUGGCGUCCCUUGGCGGUCUGGGAGCGCUCAAACUGGACCCUGAUAACUGGCCGCUGAGUGAUGCGACGCUAAUGCACAUGACCACAGCAGAGGCACUUAUCACAGAUUACUGGUGUCUGGAGGACCUUUACCGUGAGCUGGUGCGUCUCUACGUUGAAGCCACGGUGUCCCUGCAGGGAAAAAGCCCUGAUCCGGCGACAGUGGAAGCUUGCAUUCACCUCAAACCUGACAAUUUUCUCCUCGCUUGGCAUACACCCUUCAAUGAAAAAGGGUCAGGAUUUGGGGGCGCUGCUAAGGCCAUGUGUGUGGGUAUGAAAUACUGGCAACCUGAGAGACUAGACAGCCUCGUAGAGGUCAGCAUUGAAACUGGCAGGAUGACCCACAAUCACCCCACAGGGUUCCUGGGUUCCAUGACAACCGCACUGUUUGCAUCCUAUGCAAUCCAGGGAAAACCUCUUGCGACUUGGGGCCGUGAGCUCAUGAAAGUCAUUCCUCGCGCUGAGGAGUACUGUCGGAAGACCAUCCGCCAUAUGGCAGAAUAUCAGGAAAACUGGUUCUACUUCGAGGCAAAGUGGCAGUUUUACUUGGAAGAACGAGAACUGGAAAAAGAAGGUCAGAAUAAGCCGUUGUUUGACAAUCGCUACGAUGCUGAAGAAACCGAUAAGAUGUACAAGCGAUGGAGCUCAGAAGGCCGCGCGGGCCGGAUGGGACACGACGCCCCUAUGAUAGCCUACGACGCCCUUCUGAUUGCGGGAAACGACUGGACCGAAUUAUGCCGAAAAGCCAUGUUCCAUGGAGGGGAGAGCGAAGCCACAGGCCUCAUCGCCGGUUGCCUCUACGGCUUAAUGUACGGCUUAAGCAAGGUUCCUUCAGCCCUGUACCGGGAUUUAGACAAAAGGCAGCGUUUGGAGGAGCUGGGAGAGGCGCUUUACAAAGCGGCAUCCGAGGAGAAGUGCAUAGACAAGUAAAAGUGCACUUUGCGAGCCGAACGCACGACCCGAAGACCCCUUCGUCCCCCCCGCACUGUGCUCUAGUCCCGGCAGAUUCUUUCUAAUGUAACCUAUCCUCUCUUCAUCUUCACAA